AUGGCCUUCACUCCCUUCCGCCGCCACCUACGGCCUCUCCCCCGCCGUCCAAUUCAUGCAUCUGGCCGCCCGAAUCAGACCUCACCACUACCGAUUUCCUCCACCGACGGGUCGCGGCCGCUGCAUCUUCUCCACCAUCCCCCCCGCUGUGCUCUGCUGUCCGGUCAUGAAAAAUCCACUAAGGAAGAAAAGGACGGUGGCGAACAUCACCCCCGCCGCCCGGGGUUCGACGUUUUCUUGAGCUUCCACGGUCACGACGUCCGCCAUAGGAUCGUCGACCACCUCUACGCGGCUCUGCUCAGAAAAGGGAUCAAGCCGUUCAAAGACGACACGGAAAUGGAAAGGGGACUGGACGUGGAGGAGGCCAUCUCGACGGCGAUCCAAGACUCGAGCAUCUACUUGCUCCUCCUCUCCCCCGGCUACGCUUCGUCGGCUUUUUGUAUGGACGAGGCGGUUGAGAUUAUGCAACGCUGCUGCUGCGGUGGCGGUGGGGGGAGAGUAGCCCUGCCGGUGUUUUACUUGGUAUCGCCGGACGACGUCUGCCUCCCGACCGCCGGCUGCUUCAAGGAACACUUCCUUUCCCACUUUGAUGAAUUCACUUACGGCCGGGUUCAGGGAUGGAUGGAUGCCUUCUCCUCGAUUGGAAAAAUUAGUGGAUGGGUGCAUGAGAAUGGCAGGUAA